ACAUGGGGAAAGGCCUCUUCAUCAGCAAGGCUGUGGCAGUGACCUGUGUGGUCGCAGCCAUCGGUGCCGUGGCCACCAUCAUAGCCCUGUCUGUGGUUUACGCUCAGGAGAAGUCAAAGAAUGAAGUGACACCUUCAUCCACCACCAGUCCCACCACCAUCCCCACCACGCCCUCCACCCCGAAGGAGCCCUGGCAGCAGUACAGACUUCCAGACUCCCUCGCUCCUGUCUCCUACAAUGUCACCCUGUGGCCCCGGCUGGAGCCCAACUCGGCCGACCUGUACAUCUUCACUGGAAACUCCACGGUGAUCUUCACAUGUAAGAAGGAGACCGACCUCAUCAUCAUCCACUCCAACAAGCUGAACUUCACCAUGUUCGAGGGACACCAUGCCAAGCUGAGUGGCCUCGAAGGAGCCACGGCGCCCAGCCUGAAACACACCUGGCUGGAGAUUCCCACCCAGUACCUGGUGAUCCAGCUCAACAGUCCGCUGCUGGUUGGCAGCACGUACGAGCUCUUCACCAAGUUUGUUGGAGAGCUGGCCGACGACCUGGGAGGAUUCUACAGGAGUGAAUAUAAAGAAGAUGGGGUGCAAAAAGUUUUGGCCACGACUCAAAUGCAGCCAACGGAUGCCAGGAAAGCCUUCCCCUGCUUCGAUGAGCCCGCCAUGAAAGCCGUCUUCCACAUGACUCUCAUUCACCCUCAUGACACUGUGGCUCUUUCCAAUUCCAUGAACAACGAGCCUAUUAACAUCACUAUGGAUGGACACAAUGUAAUCCAGACAAGCUUUGGACCUACGGAGAUUAUGUCAACCUACUUGCUGGCUUUUGUUGUUUGUGAAUUUACAUACAUAACGAGAACGGAUAAUGACGUUUUGAUCAGGAUCUGGGCUCGCAAGAAGGCUAUAGAGGAGGGCCAGGGAGAUUAUGCCCUGGAGAAGACUGGGCCCAUACUGGCCUUCUUUGAGAAGUACUACAACUCUUCUUACCCCCUGGGAAAGUCAGAUCAGAUCGCACUUCCUGACUUCAGUGCUGGUGCCAUGGAGAACUGGGGCCUGAUCACCUACAGAGAAACCGCCCUCUUAUAUAAUCCUGGCGUGUCAUCCAACGGAGACAAGGAGUGGGUGGCGACAGUCAUCUCGCAUGAGCUCGCUCAUAUGUGGUUUGGGAACUUAGUGACCACGCGAUGGUGGAACGACUUGUGGCUCAACGAGGGGUUUGCCACCUACGUCUCUUAUCUUGGAGCCGACUAUGCUGAGCCAACAUGGAAUAUGAAAGAAUUAAUCGUUCUGAAUGAGAUCAUUGGUGUGAUGGGUGUGGAUGCCUUGGCCUCCUCCCACCCACUCUCAUCCGAAGAGAAGGACAUAAUGAUGCCAGAGCAAAUCAGUGCACUGUUUGACUCCAUCACAUACAGCAAGGGGGCAUCAGUCCUCAGGAUGCUCUCAGAGUUUAUCACCGAGGACGUCUUUUCCAAAGGACUGAGUACGUACUUAGAGGAGUUCAAGUAUAACAACACAGGCUACAGAGACCUCUGGAAGCACCUGCAAAUGGCAGUGGAUAAAGCCGACAUAAAGCUGCCCCACACUAUAGAGAAUAUCAUGAACCGGUGGAUCCUACAAAUGGGGUUCCCAGUGGUCACCAUCGACACCCAGACUGGAAAAAUUACCCAGAAACACUUCUUGUCGGACCCGGACGCUAUAGUGGACAGACCCUCAGAGUUCAAGUACGAGUGGUUUGUCCCUCUUACGUGGAUUAAGACUGGUGGAGCUGAACAGCAGUCCUGGCUUCUUAACAAAGAAGCUACGAACACAAACAUGACUCUUGGUGCUGGUGCCGAUGAGUGGCUGAUGGCUAACAUAAAUAUGAAGGGCUUCUACAGAGUCAACUACGACUCUGCAAACUGGGAGCGUCUCCUCGCCAAGCUGAGCUCCCAACAUCAGGAUAUUCCAGUGAUCAACCGAGCUCAAAUUAUCGAUGAUGCUUUUAACCUCGCAAGGGCAAAGAUGGUGGACACAACUCUGGCUCUGAGGACGACCAAGUUCCUCUCUAAAGAAGUCGAAUACAUGCCCUGGGCGAUAACCAAUCGCAACUUGAACUACUUCUUUCUGAUGUUUGACCGCAGUGAAGUGUACGGACCCAUGCAGGCUUACCGAAAGAAACAGGUCACCCCUCUGUUUAACUACUUCAAGGAGAUCACUCACAACUGGACAAAUAUCCCAGAAAACCACACUGACCAGUACAACCAGGUGAAUGCAAUCUCUACGGCCUGCAGUACUGGAGUGGAAGGCUGUAAGGAGCUGACUACUGGCUGGUUCAGAGACUGGAUGAAAAAUCCAGCUAACAACACCAUUAGUCCCAACUUGAAGUCCACAGUGUACUGCGUGGCGGUUGCAGCAGGAGGGGUGGAUGAGUGGGACUUUGCUUGGAAUAUGUACAAGAACGCCACCAUCGCUUCGGAGGCCGAUAAACUCUUGUCUGCUCUGUCCUGCACCAAACAGCCCUGGCUGCUGAACAGGUAUUUGAACUACUGUCUGGACCCGACGAAGAUCCGUAAGCAGGACGCCACCUCUGUCAUAAUUUCAAUUGCUGGCAACCUCGUCGGUCAACCUCUGGCGUGGGACUUUGUCAGAGCCAAAUGGGACUAUAUAUUCAAUAACUAUGGUGGUGGAUCGUUUUCCUUUGGAGGACUAGUUAAUGGACUGACCAGACGAUUCUCCUCUGAGUUUGAGUACAAUCAGCUGCUGCAGUUCAAAGAAGAAAACGCAGGUCAGUUGGGCUCGGCCGCCAUGGCUCUUGAGCAGGCGCUGGAGAGAACCAAGGCCAACAUCAACUGGGUGGCCAUGAACAAGGAACAGGUGCUUCAAUGGUUCACCAAUGAAACUUCUUCCGCUGUUUAACACACACUGACCAUUUUCAAAUAUAUUAUUAUAAUAGAUAAUUUUACUGCCUUUUAUUCCAGCUGGAACCAAAUGUAUUAUUAUAAAUGUUAUGAAUGUGAUGGGGAGCUUUUUUUAAAUGUAAAGUUUUGAUUAUACAUUUUUAUGGAUAAAGAUUAUUUGAUACCAAAAUCUGGUUUUGUAUGUGGAAAAUAUGUUUUAAUACUGUACAUACUGUCAACAUUUUAAAGAUUUUAGAGGAAUUAAAGAUUUUAAAUAAAUGUCAUGACACAAAAGUGUGAUAUUCUGUGCUCACCGGGCUGCAUCCCCAAAAAUGUUUGCAUCUUCUGUGGAUGCUAGCCUAUGAAAUAAAGCCAUGUUAAAUUGUGA